UCAUCAAAUAUUUGAGUUAAUCAGCAUUUGUGUUCUGAUAUCGUGAUAUAUUUCGCUAUGGAGGGAUAUGAUUCUAGGAAGCCUCCGAGUGUUCGAGUAACCGUUCUAGAAGAUCCAAACAGCAGCCUUCAAGAACUUUUCAAUCCCGCCUCCCAGAGGCAACAGGUUCCUUUACAUCAACGUAAUCUACCAAAAUCUUUUUUCGUUCCACCUGGAGAUGUGAAUGACAAUUCUCGACUUUCCAAGCUUAACUCUGUACACAGCAACGAAAGAAAUUCUGCAGAUUUUGUGGUGUUCCAUAGUAAAGCGAAUUCAUCUCCAGCCUGUUUGGAUGCUGCACUUAGAACGUCUGUUUCUGCAAAUGUUCCUAAUCACAGCCAUCAAAAAAGUCUUGAUGUUGCUUCCAAAUACAAGACGGAAUUUAGCCCAGAUUUUGCUUUCUCCGGUUCGUGUAGUCCGGGAUUGUUUCAGGGACAAAGAAACUCACAACAAACUGCACUACUUUAUGGACCCACCAUGACGUUUGCUAUAAGCGAGCUUCCCGUUGGAUAUGACAUGGCGAUAAAUGAGAGUAAUCAGGUAUAUUUUCUAAAUCAUCAAACACAAGAAACCACAUGGUUUGAUCCUAGAAUACCAGAAAAGUUCCAGAAGUGGGGUAUGACUCCAGAAGAACUAGAGCAAGUGCACUUACGCUACGCUAAACAAUUUUUAUGCACAAUCCCGUCUUCGAAUUUGAAUGUAUGUGUUCAACAGGUUGAUCGAAUAUCACCAUCACUUGUGUCUAGUCCAACCUCCUGCGUUCCUGCAUCAUCACCAUCGGGUUUCCUUAACAAAAACCAAUCUGGAGUACCAUCGCCCAUGGCAUCUAUAUCUGUUUCACCGAACUCAUCAACAUCCGGACUUCCUUUGCAUAAUCUACCAUUGAAUUCGUCUUCGACUUGUACAAAUGUUCAGAAUCGUCUAAGAUCAACUAUUGCUGUAAAUAAUAAUAACAGUAAUAAUAGUAACAAUGGUAAUGAUGGCAACAAUAAUCAAAAUAUUGCAGCUACCCAUCGUUCUCAUCCAAAUCAGUUGCCUUAUCCUCAUCAUCAACAUUCACAUCAAGUAAAUGAACAAUUACAAACAUCCGGUGGUAUACAACAUCAACGACAACAUUCACAAGGUCUCCCUGUACAAUCUCAACCAACAAGUCAAUCGCUUGUAACGCAUUUUCGCUCUUGUAGUCAGCCAGUUUCCAUGUCCAGUGGUCGAGAUUGUGGUUCCAAUACAGGUGUAAUACUAAGUUCAAACUCAUCGGGUGUAUCUACAGCCACAACAACAGUAACAGGAACUUUGGGUCAGACGCAACUUCGGAUUCCUGGAAGUUUAGGUGGCAUUCUAUCACCAAGUUCCUCACUUACAGGUCUAUGUGGUUCGAAUGUAAAUACUGGUCAACAAGGGUGCGUUACCGGUUCCAUUAGUACAUCAUCUGGACAAUUGGUCCAAGGACUUGAAUGCUUACGAUUGAAUGCAUCAGUUACUUCUACAAGUGCAUUAAAUAACUCCAAUCAUGUGCUGCUUGAUCAACAACAAAUCCCCAAAACACAAAGAGUUCAACAACCUCAAUUCAUUCUGUCGGCUAACUCCGGUAUAGUUUAUGGAUCAAACAUAAAUACGGCUGCAGCACGACUUGUUGGCACAGUGUUACCUACUACUCCCCAACCUGGUAAUCAACAUUCACAUCAAAGCAGUAUGGAUAGUGGAGUGGGUCAGUCUCUAACAGGUCAAUCAAACCCUAGUGCUAAUCAAACUCCUGAGCAUACUGUUAUGCUAUUUUGUGAUCCAAGCAUCGGUGCUUGUGGUGCAGAACAUAUGGAAGGAAUCGCUUAUCCGAAUGAAGAACUCAUUUGUACAGGAUUUAACGAUUUCGACAAUAUUGAUAUUUCAGAUAUGAGUACUUAGUGUACUCGUUAGAUUUUUUCUGGUUCCUUCAAAUGUUCAAUCAUCAAAUGAUCGACUAACUGACAAGUAUUGUCAAAUGAUCAAUCAGUCAAACAUGGCAUUUCGAUUUCUUAAUAGGAUAUGACUUUCGUAAUUUGAGACACUUUACUUUCACUUCGCCUAAUAUAAAUAUAUAUGCCUAUGUUAUUGUAAACAACAACUAACUUACUUUUUACAAAAUGAGUAGUAUAAUUUCUUUUGUGCAAAAAACGAGAGAAUACUUUUCACUGAUAUAACUGGAUUUAACUGUUCAAUGUAUCGUGAAAAAAAUGGAGAAAUAAUGUAGCAUUACUUAUAAAAAUAACUUUAUUCCUAUUCUUUAUCAUAGUUCACUAUUAUCACUAUUAAUAUUACUAAAACCUCAUAUUAUUAGAUUAUAUUGUUUGUUGGAUAUAUACACGUUUACACACCAUUUGUAUUACCGCCAAAACAGAUUAAGUGCCUUCUCAGCUCCUUUUUCUCUCUUUUAUCUUGAUUUGCCUUAUUAUUAUGUUUUAUGAAUUUUUCGAUAUUUGUUGUAUAACGUUCAGGGAAAAAACUAUUACUGUUGGCAAUACUAAUAGUGAUAAUAUUAAAUAUUUAAUAGUACAACCUUACCACCCUCUUAAACUGUUUUUUUUCCACCAUAUAUCUUGCUUCCCAAAUUUAUCAAUAAGAGAUUUUCAACACUUACACAUUUACAUAUGUGCACACACACAAAUAUUUCUUUUCCCUAUUUUCCUUAUAUAUAUAUAUAUAUAUAUAU